UCCCGCCCCUUCGUGAGCUCAUUGCCGCGCGCCGAGGUCGCGUGGAGCCGGUCCUCGGAAGAGCUGAGGGGCUGUGCAGCCGGGCAGUGAGAGCUGUCUGGCCUUAAGCCCUUCAUCCUUGGGGAAGGAAAUGACUAACCAGUACAGUAUUCUCUUCAAACAAGAGCAAGCCCAUGAUGAUGCCAUUUGGUCAGUUGCCUGGGGGACAAACAAGAAAGAAAACUCAGAGACAGUGGUCACAGGAUCCCUGGAUGACCUGGUGAAGGUCUGGAAAUGGCGUGAUGAGAAGCUAGAUCUACAGUGGAGCCUGGAGGGCCAUCAGCUGGGUGUGGUGUCUGUGGACAUAAGCCACACCCUGCCCAUUGCUGCAUCCAGUUCUCUUGAUGCUCAUAUUCGUCUCUGGGACUUGGAAAACGGCAAACAGAUAAAGUCUAUAGAUGCAGGACCUGUGGAUGCCUGGACUUUGGCCUUUUCUCCUGAUUCCCAGUAUCUGGCCACAGGAACUCAUGUGGGGAAAGUGAACAUUUUUGGUGUUGAAAGUGGGAAAAAGGAAUAUUCUUUGGACACAAGAGGAAAAUUCAUUCUUAGUAUUGCAUAUAGUCCUGAUGGGAAGUAUCUGGCCAGUGGCGCUAUAGACGGAAUCAUCAAUAUUUUUGAUAUUGCAACUGGAAAACUUCUUCAUACGCUGGAAGGCCAUGCUAUGCCCAUUCGCUCCUUGACUUUUUCCCCGGAUUCGCAGCUCCUUGUCACUGCUUCAGAUGAUGGCUACAUCAAGAUCUAUGACGUACAACAUGCCAACUUGGCUGGCACACUGAGUGGCCAUGCAUCCUGGGUGUUGAAUGUUGCAUUUUGUCCUGAUGACACACACUUUGUUUCCAGUUCAUCUGACAAAAGUGUAAAAGUUUGGGAUGUUGGAACGAGGACAUGUGUUCACACCUUCUUUGAUCACCAGGAUCAGGUCUGGGGAGUAAAAUACAAUGGAAAUGGCUCAAAAAUUGUGUCUGUUGGAGAUGACCAGGAAAUUCACAUCUAUGAUUGUCCAAUUUAAACGUCAAAGUCCUUCAGGCUAAGGCUGCAAAGAGAAUGUAUAGCUUGAUCAUGACAUUCCUUACCUUUCUAACUUGUUUAAAAGAAGUAUAGCAUUUAUUGUAGCAAAAACUUAAAUUUUAUAGAAACAGUAUAAAUCUUUUCAUGUUUUAUUGGAAAUGCCGUUAAUAGUUUAACAUAAAGAACUCUUAAUGCAAACAUCUGCGUUCUUGAACAUGCUUCUUUUUGAUCUGCCCUCUUCCUGGUAGAACUGUGAGAGGAAUGGGCAUCAUUAUGUGAAAGCGGGUAUCUUGCCUCGGCAAUGAAGACAUCCAAGCACUUACUGUGCUUUCCAGGGUAGAAAUUCAGGCUCACUCUUCAAGGGCACAAGUUAUGCAGAAGCUGUGAUAGGAAGCUAACCUAUUUCAGAAUAAGUCCUAAAGGAGACAGGACAUUGACUGGGUGCGAACAUUCUGUGGUCCUAUCUGGGCAUUCUCUUGACAGAUUAAAAACGUGCCUUGCCCCACACCCUUUUUCACCCUAUUAGUUUUAGAGAAGUCUUACCUGCUGGGUGGAUACUGCUGCCUUAACAGUGUCUACAGGUUCCAGCCUGUACCUACUCUGGUUAACCUCCACCCUGCCUCCGUUAUCCCGGAGUACCUGUUCCUCAUUUCUUCUCAGCAGCCCACUUGAGACAUGGUCUGCAUGUGAAUGGGAAAGGAGUAACUAACUAAAACUCUGAAGCUUGUUGCUUUUUACUGAUCCUAAUUUCAUAUGCUUCAUGUCAGGUCCCAUGCCUUUCCCUCAAACUGUCCCCAUAACCCUUUGCAUCAAACUGUGCUCUUUACUGUAGCCCCUUGCUUCUCUCCUGCCUCUUGGCCUUGUUCACCCUCCUCUAACCACAUAGCCCUUCCCAUUUCCUCUCUCUAGAAGGUUCCCUCCCUCAGACUUUCAGAGGUCUCAUUGCUUUCAGGUAGUUGCUCAGGUGUUAGCUCCCAGUAGAGGCCUUCCCCUGGUCCCUUUCCCAAUACUCUCCUUCUUCACUGCAGUCAUCAUUACCUGAUGUUUGCAUAUAUCCCCCGUCCCCAAAGUAUAAGCUUGAUGAGUAGAAACUUCAUUGUAUCAACCAAUAUGAGGCAAACUGGCACUUAGCACUGUUCUUUGGAGCUCAAGAAAAAGGAAGGG